ACCUAAAACCAAAAAAUGUUUUUCAACAUCGAUCACAAGGCUGUGGCUGCACUCCUUCAUGGCCAAGGAUGCGCUAACAUCCUCAAGACGGUUCUCGACAACCGUGAAAUAAGCUCGGUUUCAACAGAACCGCUCAUCAACACCAUCCUUAAUUCUUUCUCAGUAGCUCUAUCUUUUGUGAAUUCUCCUAAUCCUCAACCAGACCAUCAGUCUUUUUCUCAAAACAUGGCAGGUCUUGUGCCGCGGAGAUCAUCAAAGAAGAAGAUUUGCGGGAUAAAAGGUUUAGGGAAUUAUAGAGAUGAUUUCCAAACUCCGCGCCCUGACGGCUUCACCUGGAGGAAAUAUGGAGAAAAGACCAUCAAAACCUCUACGCACCAAAGGUCAUACUAUCGGUGUGCCUAUGCAAAAGACCGAAACUGCAAUGCUACAAAGAGGCUGCAGAUGAUCCAAGACAGUCCUCCAGUAUACAGAACGACUUAUCUGGGACAACAUACAUGUAAAGCUUUUACAGUUCAGGCUGAUACAUACGGUCCUGAAAUGAUACAAUUUGACCAAGUUGUGUCCGAAUCGGUUACGCCUCAACUGGCAACAAUUGACCAACAAGCAAUUGUCAUUGAGGACAAAGCCACAGAUCAUACCACGAACCAAGAAUGUCAUAUCAGCGACUUUUUAGUUGAUUAUGACGAACUUUGGCUGAAUGAGAUUCCCCCAUUUUCAUCGGGAGACCUUUCAUUUGACAACAACAUUGUUGCUUUUAAUUAGAACCCUUUCCAGUUUUAAACAAUAAAGCUAUCAAGCUUUU